AUGCUACUGAUAAUCCCUAGAAGUGUAGUCUUUGAGUAUCAGUCGAGAGAGGUGUCGAAAAACAAAAGCAAAGAUGUGAUCGACGUUGUCGAUAACCAUGUGGAUGGCAUGAAUGCAGAGGAUACUGAUGUCAAUGAAGACUUUCGUUUACCGAUGAGAUCGCGUGAUGAACUGACUCCAGAGUGGUAUAACGGACCGACUCACUCAGUGUCGACUCGUGGAUCAAGUGCACCUAGCCGGAUUGAAGAAGAAGAUGAGAUGAUACGACCAGAGCGUUAA